AUGCUGAUGUCUGGCUCAAAGUACAAAAAGCUGUCUCUUUGUCUGGUUUCAUGGUUGUGGUGCGGUUGUGUGACUGUGGCUUCAAGUGAGAGUAGUAUCGGUUCCAAAGACCUUGAUCAGACACCAACAUGGGCCGUUGCUUGUGUCUGCACUGUUUUCAUCUUGAUAUCCUUAACACUGGAGAAAAGCCUUCACAAAGUGGGAACGAAGUUGAAAGGUUGUGUUGAUGGCAUCAUCAUGAAUAGUGCUUGUUCGAUUUUCCUCUUUGCUAACCUGAUGAUUUCCUGUUCUCAGUGGCUACAUGACAAGCACAAGAAGGCUUUGCUUGAGGCUUUGGAAAAGGUCAAAGCUGAGUUGAUGAUUCUUGGUUUCCUUUCACUGCUUCUGACUUUCGGGCAGAGUUAUAUUGUUAAAAUAUGUAUUCCCAUUGAUAUGGCAGAUAAAUUGUUGCCAUGUCCUUAUGUUGGUACCAACAAAGAAUCUGGUAGUGAUGAGGAACACCAUAGGAAACUUCUUUCUUAUGAACGCAGAUAUUUGUCUGAUGAAGCUACCCCUUACCAAUGCAAGGAGGGGCAUCAAUCGCUGAUAUCUGUCAAUGGAUUGCACCAGUUACACAUCCUCAUAUUUUUCUUAGCAGUCCUUCAUGUGUUUUACAGUGCUGUAACAAUGCUUCUUGGGAGACUAAAGAUUAGAGGAUGGAAGGCAUGGGAAGAGGAGACUUCAUCUCAUGGAUAUGAGUUUGCUAAUGACCCUUCAAGAUUCCGGCUUACACAUGAAACAUCGUUUGUGAGAGGUCAUGCUUCUUUUUGGACAAGAUAUUCAAUCUUCUUCUAUAUAUGGGACUUUAGUGGCAUUGGUUUUGAUAUAGCUCAGAAAAAUUGGGAAGUGAAGUCUGUGGGGAAGGCUGACUACUUGGCCUUGCGCAAUGGAUUCAUCGCUGUCCAUCUGGCUCCUGGAAGCAAAUUCAACUUCCAAAAGUAUAUCAAAAGAUCCUUGGAGGAUGACUUCAAGGUAGUUGUUGGAGUCAGUCCUGUCCUCUGGGCUUCAUUUGUUGUUUUCCUGCUCCUAAAUGUUAAUGGAUGGCAUGCUAUGUUCUGGGCAUCCUUAAUUCCAGUCGUCAUAAUUUUGGCUGUUGGAACAAAACUUCAAGUCACGCUGGCAAAGAUGGCUAUUGAAAUAACAGAAAGACAUGCAGUCGUCCAGGGGAUUCCCCUUGUUCAAGGCUCAGACAGAUAUUUUUGGUUUGGUCGGCCUCAGUUAGUUCUUCAUCUUAUCCAUUUUGCUUUGUUUCAGAAUGCGUUCCAAAUAACAUAUUUCCUGUGGAUAUGGUAUUCUUUUGGGCUGAUAAAUUGUUUCCAUGCUGACUACAAGCUUGCAAUAGUGAAAGUAGCUUUAGGGCUUGCAGCUCUAUGCCUCUGCAGCUAUAUCACCCUUCCAUUAUAUGCUCUUGUUACUCAGAUGGGCUCAAGAAUGAAAAAAUCAAUAUUUGAUGAACAAACAUCAAAGGCAUUAAAGAAGUGGCACAUGGCAGUGAAAAAGAAGCAGGGAGUGAAACUUGGAAACACCAAGGUGCGAGCCAUGGAUGGAAGCACCACCACUGAUUCAACAGUACACUCUUCUGGCCCCAGACUACACCGUUUCAAAACUACUGGUCACUCAACUCGCACCAUGUCAGCCUAUGAUAAUGAGCAAGAUGAUUACCAAUCUGACACUGAGCUUUCUACCAUUUCACCAACAGCAAACUUGAUAGUAAGAGUGGACCAUGAUGAGCAAGAACCACAAGUUGAACAUCUUCCAACAGCCAACAAUCAAGAGCUAUCACAUCUGUCAAGCCUGGAAAGAAGCAAUAAAUAG